AUGUUUAGCAAAGAUUCAUCGCCGUCUUUCAAAAUUGAUGCGGUAAAUCGCCAAUUUUUACUUGAUGGCGACCCAUUUCGCUACAUAGCCGGCGAGAUUCACUAUUUUCGGAUUCCACACCAAAAAUGGGAUGAUCGAUUGAAACGAGUUCGAUCCUUGGGCUUGAAUGCGAUCACUGUUCCCGUUCCAUGGAAUCUUCAUCAAUUUGAAGAAGACCUGUCGCCAAAAUUCACCGGAAAUCUCGAUCUCAUCAAAUUCAUCAACACGGCCAAUGAAAAUGGCCUCUACACAAUUCUGAGAAUUGGUCCAUAUAUAUCUGCUGAAUGGGAUAAUGGUGGACUACCAUGGUGGCUGCUUCGUCGAGAUAGAAGUGACUCAAUGGUGGAUUUGCUGCCGAAGAUGUUUCCGCUCAUGAGAAGGAACGGCGGUCCAAUAUUGAUGGUUCAAAUUGAGCACAUGUACGGAGACACAGGGUUAUGCGAUCAGUCAUAUCUCCUCUCACUUGUCAACUAUGCACGGGAGCACCUUGGCAACGACGCUGUCUUAUUUACAGUUGACAAACCAAUCGCGCCUAACUUCCAAUGUGGAAUGAUUCCGGGGAUUUUCCCGACUAUUGAGCUCCGUCCAAUAAGUGUGGAAAAUACAAAGUCCGCUUUCAAUUAUCAGCAAAAUUACGCAAAGGGACCUCCCGUGGCAUCGCAGUAUGUCGUAACGACGACUCGUUAUUGGGGAAAAAAUGUUAGUCGAGAAUAUUCGGACGAUGACAUUAUCCAGAAUGCGAAUUUGGCUUAUUCGCUGAACGCCAGCAUUUCGUUUAGUUUGAUUCAUGGCGGUACCAAUUUUGGUUAUUGGAAUGGCGCAGAAAAUCAAUAUCCUGUAUCAACUUCUCACGAUUCAUUUGCACCGAUUGCUGAAUCUGGCGACUCGACACUUCUUAUGAUUGCAAUAAGGAAUUGGGUGAAUAACCUUAUUGAUUGGACAACAAGGCCAACCAAAAUCCCAUCAAAUUUGCCAAAGACGGCGUAUCAAGAUGUGAAACUUUCGACAUUUAACUCGAUUCCCGGAUUCAUUGUUGGCACACUUCCCGAAUGCUGGAAAAGCAAAGAAAUUCCUGAAACUUUUGAGCACAUUCGACAUGGAUAUGGAUUUGCUUAUUACAACACGACAAUUUUUGAAUGCGGCAAUCUCUACAUUCCAAGCUUCGAAGAUGACGCUUACUUCUACUUGAAUGGUGUUUUCAUUGGAGCUCUUUACAAAUCAUUUGCAAACUCUCAUAACAACACUAUCGAAAUUGUUGGAUGCCUUCCCGAAAUUAACACAUUGGAAAUAGUCGUCGAGAACACUGGAAGGAUUCAUGGAUAUCCGUCAAGAAUGUCGAAGGGCAUUCAAUCAGGGGUAUACAUGUUCAAUAUAACCCUAACAACAUGGUUUAACUGUCAUGUUCCUAUUGAAACUUAUAUGUUGCCCCAUUCUCAACCAAACGAGAUUCAUUUCGAAAAAUUCGCGUCAGGAGAUAAUACUCCUAGGCAACCAGCCGUAUAUAUUGGAACACUUCACAUCAAAGAGCAACCCACUGACACAUUUUUGGACACGAGGGGAUGGGGAAAGGGAAUUGUGACCAUAAAUCAAUAUAAUAUUGGAAGGUAUUGGUCGAAAGUUGGACCACAGCAAACAUUAUACAUUCCGUCGGAAUUUCUCAAAAAAGGCUCAAAUAUGAUAAUGUUCUAUGAUUUCGAGGGUCCAACGACAGCGUGCACGGUUUCGUCAUGUGUGGCAAAAUUCACGAAUCGCCCGAUUCUCGAUUAA